AUGGCGACCAAGAAGCCCAACAUCCUCUACAUCAUGGCAGACCAGAUGGCUGCCCCUCUUCUGGCCUUCCAUGACAAAAACUCCCCCAUCAAGACCCCCAAUCUUGACCGUCUGGCCGAAGAAGGUGUCGUCUUUGAUUCGGCCUACUGCAACUCGCCACUUUGUGCUCCUUCGCGCUUCGUCAUGGUGACUGGCCAACUGCCUUCCAAGAUUGGCGCCUACGACAAUGCCGCCGAUCUGCCGGCUGACACUCCCACCUACGCCCAUUACUUGCGUCGCGAGGGUUACCACACGGCCUUGGCUGGAAAGAUGCACUUCUGCGGGCCGGAUCAGCUGCAUGGGUACGAGCAGCGUUUGACCAGUGACAUUUACCCCGGUGACUAUGGCUGGUCGGUGAACUGGGAUGAACCGGACAUUCGCGCCGAUUGGUAUCACAACAUGUCGUCGGUCAUGGAGGCCGGUCCGGUCGUUCGUACCAACCAGCUGGACUUUGACGAGGAGGUCAUCUACAAAUCCACUCAGUACCUCUACGACCAUGUUCGCCAGCGCACCGAGCAGCCUUUCUGCUUGACCGUCUCCAUGACUCACCCUCACGACCCGUAUGCCAUGACAAAGGAGUUCUGGGAUCUCUACGAGAAUGUCGACAUUCCUCUGCCCAAGAACCCCGCCAUCCCCCACGACCAGCAGGAUCCUCACUCACAGCGCAUCCUGAAGUGCAUUGACUUGUGGGGCAAGGAUAUGCCUGAUGAGCGCAUCAAGGCUGCCCGCCGUGCAUACUAUGCCGCCUGCACCUAUGUCGACACCAAUGUCGGCAAGCUGCUACGUGUGCUCGACAACUGCGGUCUGCGCGAUGACACCAUUGUUGUCUUCACCGGCGACCACGGUGACAUGCUGGGUGAGCGUGGUCUCUGGUACAAGAUGGCUUGGUACGAAAACUCUUCGCGUGUGCCCAUGAUUGUCCACGCUCCCAACCGGUUUGCCCCCAAGCGUGUGUCGGAGAAUGUUUCCACCAUGGACCUCCUGCCCACAUUUGCUGGUAUGGUCGGAGCUCCUUUGAUCCGCGAGCUGCCUCUCGAUGGUGUGUCGCUGAUGCCGCAUUUGACUGGCGAGGAGGGUCUCAAGACCGAUACCGUUCUCGGCGAGUACAUGGGUGAGGGUACGCAGUCGCCGGUGGUGAUGAUUCGUCGUGGACGUUGGAAGUUCGUAUACUCGCUGAUCGACCCUCCGAUGCUGUACGACCUGGUCAACGACCCCGAGGAGAAGGUGAACCUGGUGGCUGGCCUUGUGGAACCAUCCAGAGUACCUGCUGUCAAGUCCGCUGUUCCUGCACAGUUGAACCCAGCCGGCCUACCCACACCUGCCGAAACCCCACGUGUGUCUCCCGUUCCCCAGCGCGGCGCUGCUGGAUCCUACCCUUUCCCGACCCCGCCGCGGACCCCAAGCCCUGACAAGCUGUCAACUUCGCUGCCCAACACGACGGAACCCGCCAAGCUGUUGGCCUUCUUCUCGGAGGAGGUACACGCACGCUGGGACCUCGAACGCAUCAGAGAGGACGUGUUGCGAUCUCAGCGACGCCGACGCCUCGUGUACUCGGCCUUGCUCAAGGGCGUUCCAUCCAUCUGGGAUUACGAACCUCGGGUUGAUCCCAGCACCCAAUACGUGCGCAACCAGGGCAAGGGAGCGUUGGACGAUGUUGAGCUGAUCUCGCGCUGGCCGCGUGUUCUGCAGCAGGCAGCCAACGCCAUCGGCACUCAGGAGUUGCAAAACUAA